AUGAGUGUGUACACAGCCAUCAACGGAAUGGGCGGAGCCUACACGAGAGGAAAUGGGCGUCAAGUAUAUAAAGAAGAAGAUGGAGAAGGAAAAAUAAUACACCCAGUUCUUCGCAAUCACUCAUUUCAAAACAUGAUUCACAUGCCAAUUCACGCUUCCUCAAGCCUUGAGCUUCACGCCUCCUCUUCCAGAAGACUUCGACGUCUUCAGAAUUCUAUUGUCGUCGUGCGCAGUAUUGACUAA